UUGUUUGCACAUUUUUAUAAAAAUUAUUUCAAAAUUGUUGCAAUAUUUUCUACAUAGACAUAUGUGUAUAUAAGUUAAUUUGUUAGUAUCGCAUAUAGAAGAGGAAGAUUUUAAUAAAUAAAACUAAAAAAGCAAUAACACCGAAAAUUACAAAAUACAAUAAUGAUAUCAAAAUAUUCUACGGUAAAGAUGUCCUCAAUAAUUUUGUUAAUGAUAAACGUUUUAUGGAGUCUGCGUUUAUAUUUUCUAAGUCAAUGUGAACAUCAGCAUCACCAUCCACAUCAUCACCACAAUAAUCAUGAAUAUCAGCAGCAACACCAAGUCCAGUCAAGUAAUAAUUCUUUACAAGCGGCUUUGAAAAAUCAUCGAAUCGUUACUAUUAAGGGACCGUAGCGUAUAUCCAAGCAGCUGGCUUCAUCUUUAAAAAAAUAUAUAGAAGAAGCUAACUAUGUGGACUCAUCACUGUUGGAAUUUAAAAAUAUUUCCCUAAACACGGGCAGAUGGGAUAAUCAACGCAUCUAUAAAAUCAUCGAUUUCGCCUUAAUAGGUGAACAAUACGAACAAGCGUCAGCAAAAAGUUUAGUUUGUUUAGCUACGCAAUCGUCGGUAGAGCGCGUGUAUUCUUUAGCUGAAGCAUCUAAGCAAUGGCAGGGUCCGAUGUCGGUGGCGGUAUUUGUGGCGGGCAGUGAUGAAUUUUCCAUAUUGCAAUACUAUGUUACUUAUUUGCGGUUGUGUUUUGAUUUCAUACGUUCUAAUGUUACAUUUCAUUUGGCCUUCCCGUAUGAACGUCAACCCGAACGUGAAUCACGGGAAACGUAUAAAUUAUUGCAAAUGUUCGAUUGUCAAUAUCCGGAAAAAACUUUACGCAGUCUGUUAACAUUGCGUUCGACGGAGACGAAACGUUGGCGUUUGCGAAAUGUUUAUCCUCAGAAUCAUAUGCGCAACCUCGCACGUAAAGGUUGCCAAACCAAAUAUGUAUUUCUCACGGACGUCGAUAUCAUACCCAGCGCAAAUAUUGCGCCGCUGCUCAAUGAAUUUUUAGCAACCGUCAGAUGUUCAUCAAAUUUAUGCGCCUACGUCAUACCCACAUUCGAAAUAGACGAACGCGUUCGAUUUCCAAGCAGCAAAACGGAAUUGAUGCGACUAGCGCGUAAAGGGUUGGCGAGACCGUUUCACGAGAAGGUGUUCAUAUACAAUCAAUAUGCUACAAAUUUCUCAAGCUGGCUGGCUAAUACCGAAACAGAUCAACAACAGAUCGCGAUUAGUCACAAGGUGACAAAUUAUGAAUUCCUCUAUGAACCUUUUUAUGUAGCGAUAGAUACUGUUCCCCCGCAUGAUGAACGCUUCUUGGGUUACGGUUUCACACGAAAUUCUCAGGUUUACGAAAUGUACGUCGCUGGCUAUUCCUUUUAUGUACUGACGCCCAUUUUCACCUGCCAUUGGGGAUUGCAAAAGAAGAAUGCUCGCCCAUCGUGGCGCGAACAGCAGAACACAAUGAACCGUAAACGUUUCGAAGCAUUCAAAAGAGAGAUAUUAGCUCGCUACAAAAAGCCUUCGUUAUUCGCUCUGGAACCGAAAAAAAUUGGACGUUUAUAAGCAUUAUCGCGCAUUUGGCGACAUCAUCUCGUAAUCAUAAUCAUCAUAAUUAUCAUCAUGAUCAUUAACUUUUUAUUCGACGCAGCAUUCGAAUUCCAAUCCUAUGCUAUGUUAAAUUUUUUUUAAUUAACGUAACGUUAAUAUCGACGCUUCUGAUAGCUUUAGUAGUGUAUUGAUUUUCUGCUGGUAUACAUAGGUGCGUGUAUGUGUGUAUGCAUAUGCGCGAUACGCACGUAUACCUGUACACAUUCAGUGCUUUUAUCACUUGCUUUCCUGAAUAUAGUUGGUGGUACUUGUCGAAGAGUUUGUGCAUAGACAGAUACACAUACACAUAUAUAUGCGCUCAUACCCAGACUUAUAUAUAAGCGCUUAGGUGUUGUUGAUAUUUACAUUAAAAUGCAAUAAAAGAUU